UUUUCAGACACACUCUCUCUACCAUUGCAACGGUCUUAAAGAAGUAAAAAAGCACUGUAAGAAACUUGAAGAGUCCCAUGAAAUGGGUAAACUAAAUGGGACAUCUUCUGAUUUCAAAACAUUGGCUAGUUCUCCGGAAGUUACUGAUAAUGCCAGUGAUUGUCAGUCAUACCAAUGUGGUUUAUGUGGGGACCGUUUCAAUAAAUUGGUAGCUCUGAAGGAGCAUCAUCUCAUCCAUCAAACCCAGGAAGAAAUUGAUCAGUUGAACCAAGAAGCUCGGAUAACUUUCAGUAGGUCAACGCAUAUGACUAAUACAAUGCAAGAAAGAGGUGCACCUGUUGGAUCUAGCAACAGGAGUAGCAGUGUCCCAGCCAGACUUUAUCCGUGUAAACAAUGCAAUAGGGUUUUCAAUCACUCUAGUAGUUUAUCACGCCACAUGAGGUCCCAUAAAAAGACAAUGCAUAAAUGUCCUUUUUGCAAAAAACUGUUUCCUCAGCACUGUGAUGUGGCAAAGCAUGUAGACAUGUAUCAUCAACCUAAUUUGGAAAAGCAAUCUGGAUUGAAACCAAUGACUCAUGGUUCUAGGCAGACUGCAAAAAAAUCUAGGUGUAUUGGAAAAUACAAAUGUGAGGACUGCGGGAAGAAAUUUGGUCUUAUAAGUGUCUACCAAAGGCACCUACGAUACCACAAGAAAGAACCAACUGUAAACCCUAACAUAAGUUUCAAUAAUUCCCCUUCCUUGGAGCUGCACAUUAAAAGUAGAAUAAUGGCUGAUAUGCCGCAAACAGUCCAGGAAAAGGAUAAUGCAGACAUUGUGAACAUGGAUUCAAGUCAUACUAAAAAUGAUCUUUAUGAAUGUAAUGAAUGCCAACAGACAUUUUCAAACUUGAAAAUAUUCCUUACGCACCAGAAUUCCCACAACUUUAAGAACUCUGAGUAGCUGCUGUCUGGAACGACUCCUUUUCGGGUUUUGAUAUCCCAAUAAUACAAAUGUGAUGCUGCCAAAAAUGUAAUCCUCAGGGCCUUUGGUCGAAAUGCUUUAUGCAAGACUUCAAUGAGUCUAGAAUGGUUUAUGGGGUGACCCUGUUUAUGGUCUGAAUCAAAUAUAUUGUCAUGUUCAUGAUAUGUAUUAAAACAAUUGGGAGCGCAAUUUGGAAAUAUGUAUUCAAUAUUUAAUCAUAUCCAUUGUCUACCAUUGUUUGAAGCAACUGAUCCUCUAAUAAUGUGUGAUUUUUAAUUGAAUUCAUGUUUGACCCUUAUGUAAUAAUUGUUUCAUUAAAUGUAUCUUAACCAUUUAUAAAAGUUCCAUUUUUUUGUAAUGGUAAAAAUGAAUUUCAUACAUAUAUCACAUUUAUUCUUACUUAAUUAUUUACAAUUAUAAGAUGUUCACCAAUUUACUUGACGACUAUUUUUGCUGCAGCUAUUCACCCCAUCUGAAUAUCUGGCCCCCGCAAAAUAUCCUUGUUGGGUGUCAAAUGCAUCUAAUGUGGCUCAGAAUUUUGGGGCUUGAACAUUGACAGAAAUACGAUUUGGCGGGUUCUUUAUAUAAAGUGCCGUCUCAUACUGUGGGGCAUACAUUUUUGUAUUGGUGGCACCAGUGGGGAUUAGACCCUUAACCCAUGCUGUGUUAAUGCCUUGCUACAAAUUGUCCUAGCCAGGACCACACUUGUGCUCUUACUUAAUAUUUGUGUCUUGCUCUAUUCCACUGCCUACUAAUGAUGCCAAAUUACCCAUGCUGAUUUUAGCUUCUUGCUUACUGCAGUCAGCUGAAUUAUUGGGCAACAAACAUUGAAAUCAAAUAUGCACCUUUUGGUUUUGAGCAGAAACAAUAAUAAUUUUUACACUGCCAAGCUGGUACGGUCAGGGAUUGGCACACCCUGCAAUUUCAAUGUCUUGCCUUUGUUAAACCGAGGGGGUGUAUGUUCGUCAAGGAGCCGGCUCUCUUUGUUGAUCAGAGUAGGCGGCGCUACGCAUGGAGCGCAGACCUCUUUAGAAUAUAUAUUAGUGCUGUCAAGUGAUUAAAAUAUUUAAUCGCAUUAAUGUCAUAGUUAACAAGGCAGCAUAACCUCUUCCAAAUUCCUGCAAUGCCGUCUAAUUGCAUUUAAAUGACAAUGAAAGCCCAAAUAUGUGUAGGGUUCGAGAGGGUAAAUUUGGGGUAUGGAAUCAAGCGGUCUCCUCAACAGUAACUUCUUGGAUGAAAUGGGUUUUGAACAUUCCAAUUAUUUUGCCAAAAAAAAAAGAUAUCCCCAUUUAAAGCUGAAACUCUGGCUUCCUCUCCUGUUAAAUAUGUAUGCACUUAUCUUAGGUUGCUUUGGAUAAAGGCGUCAGCUAAAUGCCGAGACAGAUACUCUGCGCACUUCAAAUUUCGAAAAACUGUUCCUAUGAAUCUUUCCGCACUACCAACAAUGCCUCCCUCACCUUGUUCUACAACAAAGAGCACAAGGAGGCACCACUUUGACGAGUUUAAUUCUGCACAACUGACUCACAAUCAGCUCACUGAUGAAAAUAACCACUUCUCUGUAUGCCUUUAAUUGUAAUCUAUGUCCUUACAGUAUAAAUUGCAGUGUUUUAGAAUAAUCCUCAACAAGAAGUGGUUCAAUAAUGCUGCACAAGGAACUCUGAACAUAGUGGUACGACACUGAAGUGCUGCAUAAAUGACGUACACCUAUUUCUCAUUUGUGAAACGUUCAGAUGCCUUAUCCACUUCUUUACACACAGAUUUGGCAUGUGCUUUUAAGGGCUGUUGCUCUUUGGUUGCUGCUCAUAGCCCCAUGAGUGGUCUUUAACAAGCCAGUCCACAUUCAUUGGAAUAAGAAGGAUUUGGUCACAUAACUAAAUUAAAAUAAUCCUGUACUUGCUUACCGGGACACGGUAUUCAAUAUUUAACAUUGCAAUGAGAAUUUAACCAAAUUUUAAUAACUAAAGCUUACAUGUAAAUUUGGUUGCCUGGGUUCCCUAACCGGGAUUAAGAAUUCAAUCUAGGUCCUUUUAUUCUGAAGUGGGUACCUGCUAGUUGGCCCUGGACCUGAGACAACUUCUUGAAAGUAGAAAUUACCCAUCCAGCGUUGACAUUUAUCCUGAAAUCAACCUUAAUUUCCCAUGACUAUAACUGUAGGACCAAGGGAAUUGGUCAAUGGCAUUGCCUGCAUGCUGUGGACCUUGACAUAAUAGGCGGUGUCUGGAUGUUUGCUAAAUUGUAAAGGUUUAAUGUGAGUGGUCUUAUUAUUCCGGGCAUUUAGCUGACGCUUUUUUCCAAAGGCACUUGCAACCAUUCAAACACAGACGGAGGGUGUAAACCACACACGGCGAUUACUAGCUCAUCGGGAGCAGUUACUUUUAGGUGUCUUGCUCAGGGACACCUCGACACUAAUGCGCGUUUCCGACGGCGGGUGCGGGUCGAUUCGGUAUGCAAAGGUGCACUGAUGGCUCACGCCAAAAGUGUCCGGGUCCGGACUGAGUCCUGAUGAGCCGUACUCAUCUCAAAGUGGGGUACUGUGACGUUUGAAAGGGGGCCACCAAGUUCACAAGCCGUCUGCUGAUUGGUCAACAGUAUCGUCACUUCCGUUCGACGGGGAUGUUACAAACAAACACAAUACCCGCAAGGUAUUUCGGGACAACAGCGAAAGCUUCGCUUAUUGAAGAAAAUGUGGGGCAAAAGUUUGACAUCCUUCUUAGACGUUCUAAAUUGUUGCUCUUUGUUCAUUGUGUAGCAUUCUUCUUAUUCCUUGGAUUUAUUGGCAGGCUACACUGUCAGUCUUAAACACCGCCCUACCAUAAGUGUACUGUCGGUGUUGGAAAACGCGAGCCGUAACUGAGCUGGGCCAAACCGCACCUUCAAUACUGGGCCAAGGCGUGCUGGGCCAAAGCUCACCCGCCGGUGGAAACGCGCAAUAAGCUAGGAGGAGCCAGGGAUCGAACUAGAAGCUGAGCUAUUGACAACUUAUUUUGCCAACCCAGACUUGUAAACAUUGGCUUCAAAACAAUGAUUUUUUUUCCUCACUGAUGUUGUCCCAGAAGAACCUGAAGCAGCUUGAGUUGCCGGUAAAGUGCCUUCGAUGUCAAUGGGAACAUGGCAUUCACUCGGCUGCCACCUGCAGUACACAAUGCAAUGUUAGUGUUUCUGGGGUGGAAGUAGUAGUACUUGCACUAUGAUGUCAGAAAUGUCAUCUCCACUCUGUUGGCAGUCUCAUUGGUCACAUUAAAAGGGCAGUGAUGUCAGUAAAUCAAUUGUUGGAGCUGUGUGCAGAUAUAUAGAAUAUGUGACCCAGUACAGGAAAGAGCUGCCCAUCUGGAUCCCCUUGGGUCUUUCAGGAAGUCUCGGAUCUAACUGUAAAGGGUGAUGUGCGGUUGUUUGAGUAGCGGUUGACCUAUGGUAUCCAUAAUCCAGGAGCACACUUCAUAUUUAGGCAGUUGAACAAAUGGUCAAGCAGGUGUGACCAAUCAGUUGGGUACUGCCCUUUGACAAAAGGCUCAUACCAUCACUGAAACUCAAGCACUGGGUUGCUUGCAAGUUGCAAGGGGGGGAAACAACAUAUUUCUGAAGUUAUUUUGACAACAAACACCGAAACAAAUAACAUUUUGGCAAUGACUGCAGUGAUGCAAGAGCAAAAGAAGGACUAAUAAACAGGUGUUAAGUCUAUUCCAAACUGACUACAAGGUGUUGGCCUGUCAACACAACUCUUGAGACUUGGAUGGGAUAUAAAGUACAUUUCAGGGACUGAAAUAAAAGGCAGUGAAAUGAAUCGUAUUAUGUUUGGUAUGGAUUAAUGUCCUUUACAUGCACACCACUAGAACUGAAUCUAGCAGGCUUCUGGCACCUAGACACAUUAUGGUUGCCGCAUAGCAAAACGUAACACAAAACAGCUACAAAUACACAAACAAAAUGCUAGCCUGCUGCAUAUUCAUACUUACGCCGCAAGGUAGUACCACAAAUGCACCAAUAGUGCAAUCGUUGUCAUCCAUGAACCAGAUUUAUAUAAACGACCCAAUAUAUACUAUAAAUAUCUUACUGCACUCCUGCAGCCAAACACUCAACACUUUAGGCCAGGCAGGCAUGCCCAAUAGCUAAUACUUUGUAUAGUGAGAACGGGCAGCAUUAACUUACCAACGUAUUAGCUAUAACAAUUGAGACCUUUACACUGGUGUGGACUACAUGAUGAGGUGAAGUGGCCAUGGAGGCACUUUUAAGAAGGGAGGAAUUGAAUGUUCAGCUGGGGCAUUUUUCCUUACACAUUAGCUUAUUCCAUUACAACCUACAACUAUAUUGAAAACAUAUUUGGAUAUAUCCCUCUUUAUUGAUAGGUCGAUGUAACUGGUGAAUAACUGCAGUAUAGUGGAACCCCAGAGAACCCGCACAGAAGUAAAAGCGCCAUUUUGUGGCAGGUUCUCUCCUCAAAAUGGUAGGUUGCUCGUGUCGUUUUUAACCCUUGGAUGCCACACAGGACACCGAUGGUCUUGCAGGCAGUGAUGCACCAAGUAUGAUUUGACCAUUCAUUUCACAAUCCUGAGUGUCCCAUUUCGCACAAUCCCCU